CUUGUCGAAUCCAAAGAUAGACGUUAUGGAACUUCGAUAGCGACCUAGGAUAUGAGAUCGAAUUCUCUCACUUUGUUUAGGACGGCGGCACGUUGUGCUCGACCGUGCCCAACCUCAUAUCGAACAGCACAGUAUGGUAUCCGAUGGUCCUCGAGCGGAGAGCGACAAUGGUCCACUCCGCUGGCGAAGUCGCUCGCUGAAGCUAUAACCACUACGGGCCCUAUUUCCGUAGCGUCCUACAUGCGGCAAUGCCUUACUUCUCCCGAAGGCGGAUACUACACACGCCAGACCACCGGUCACGACCAAUUCGGCGCGAAAGGCGACUUCAUAACGUCUCCGGAGAUCAGUCAGAUAUUCGGAGAGCUGGUGGGCAUAUGGCUAUAUGCGGAGUGGCUGGCGCAGGGGAGAAAAGAGAAGGUACAAAUUAUCGAAGUUGGGCCGGGACGGGGAACGCUGAUGGAUGAUGUGCUGAGGACUAUUUCGAGCUUUAAGCCUUUCGUCCAGAGCAUAGAAGCUAUCUACCUCGUCGAGGCGUCCCCACAUCUGAGGAAUCAGCAAGCGCGACGUCUCGCCGAUACCGAGGAGCCCAGCAAGUCAGACAUUGGAUGGACAGCGCCAUGUAAACGCAUCCCGGGCUGUAACAUUAUAUGGUGCGAAGAUAUACGUUUCGUUCCAAAAGACGAAACAUCCACUCCCUUCAUCCUCGCCCAUGAAUUCUUCGACGCCCUCCCCAUCCACGUCUUCCAAAACAUCCCCGAAUCCAAGAUCCCCGCGUCUUCCACAAUCCUCACACCAACCGGCCCGAUCAAGCCCACAACCGGCCCGCAGGCGCCGAAGAAUAACUGGCACGAGCUUGUCGUAACGCCUACAUCUUCUUCCUCCGACUCGAAAAUCCCAGCUUCAUCAACCAAGGAGCCCCGCCCAGAGUUCCAGCUCACGGUCUCUAAAACACCAACCCCACACUCGCUCUACCUCCCCAAAACGUCCCCACGCUACAAGAAACUCGAAAACACGCCCAACGCAAUCAUAGAAAUCUCCCCCGAAUCGCUAUCCUACAUCUCCGACUUCGCCGUCCGAAUAGGCGGCAGCAACCCGCCAACUUCCCCAACUCCCCCUCUAUGCACCACAACACCCACCAUCUCCUCGCAAUCCGCCCCCCUCAAAAAAUCCACCACCUCCGGCGCAGCCCUAAUCCUCGACUACGGCCCUUCCUCCACAAUCCCCUCCAACACCCUCCGCGGCAUCCGCUCACACAAACCCUGCUCCCCUUUCAGCAGCCCAGGGCUCGUCGAUCUCUCAGCAGACGUCGACUUCCUGGCCCUCGCCGAGUCCGUUCUCAAUGCUUCCCCGAACGUCGAGAUCCACGGACCUGUCGAACAAGCUUUCUUCCUGGGCUCGAUGGGCAUCAAGGAGAGAGCUGAGAGAUUACUCAGAGGCGCUAAAGAUGAAGAGACGAGAAAAAGACUGGAAACCGGGUGGAAGAGGUUGGUUGAUAGGGGCCCUGAUGGAAUGGGGAAGACGUAUAAGGCUAUGGCUAUUGUGCCGUGGCAGGAGGGAAGGGUGAGACGGCCGGUUGGGUUUGGUGGAGAUGUUGUGGGGUAGUAGUGUCUGCUUGUUAGAUCAUGAUGUGUGUGUAUAGGCAUAGGAUUGCACGGUACAAUAUCUGUAUUAUUUAUUACCAAGAGGGCUCGAGUAGUCCCAAGCCGUUUCACGCUAGUAAUG